GUUAGCACAUGUAUUACAUCUUGGAAAACAUUAUUACUGAUUUUACAAAAAAUUCACAACUAAAAGAGUAGACAUGCAAAUCACAAAACAUACCACAAACAAAACUAUUAUAGAUCAUUCCUCUACAAAGACAAGCUUGGACUCCACUUGAUAUGGAAGAAAACUUCGUCAGAAGACUUCCAGGAUGUCCAUACGACUUCCACGAAGUCCAGACGACUUUCAAGAAGUGAUAAUCAACUACUUGCAAUAUUGAUAAAUAACUAUACGGAUAAUUGAUUCUACAAUGAAGCUCUCUCUGAAACACUUAAUUGAUAUGUGGUUUUUGCAUGUAUGACAUCGUUGAUGGACAUGCAUGUAUGACAUUGUUGAUGGACACGAUCUCUUUGUAAAGGUUGACCACAACGAAUGAUUCCGAUAAGCUUUAUAUUAUAUAGUCUGCAAAAAAUUGCAUAGUUUGAAAUUCAGAUUCAAUAUUAAAGUGUAAAAACUUUUAAAUUCUAAUCACUACAAUACAGUAAUGCCACCAGAUCAUAGUGUAUUAUGAUACCACUGCAAGAAAUUGUGUUUUUAGUUCGAACUAAUUUAACAUUCAAUUCAAAAGAAAAAGAAAAAAAAAACACAUUGCUGUAAGAGAUAAAAUAAAAAAUGUGUAAAAUUUAUGUAUCUAAGGAAAUGUGUAUCAUUAACUUCUACAGUAUUCAUGUACUUGCAUUGGUAUCAUAGUACACUCCGUGUGGGGGCAAGAGAGACGAUUCCAAUAUGCCGCCCGAUUCCAAUAUACAUUGACAUUUCAGCUUUUACAAACACUUUUCUUAUCUUCAAUUUUAUCUUCAAAGGUUUAUAUAUUUAUAAAUCCACUAAAAUCUAACACUACUAAAAGCAAAAUAAGCAGAGCAUACAGGAUGCCACGUAGGAUUUUUUAUUUGGCCAAUCAGGUUCAUUUUUUAAAACACGUCAGACUCGGUUUUUUCUUUUGCCCGAAGUCGAGUAAGAGAUUUCGUGGGCUUGCUGCUUUCUCUUUGGGAGGCUUACCGAUCUCGCUUUGGGCUUUAAGGGAUUGCGAUUCGGGCUUCGGUGUGAUUCUUCUGUAUCGCGAGAAGAAUCAUUUAGAUGAGCCGACAUCUACAGGUGACGCUUCUCCUCACCAUUAUCGCUUCGGUUUCUCCGAUCAAAAAGAGAACCGUAGACUCCAUUGAUUCAAUCCUAAGCUAUCAAUAGUUUCGUUUCGAUCAAUCAAUACCCCUUCAUUAUGUUUUCGUUUCACCUCCCUCUUUUCCUCCUCUUAUAUAAUUGAUCUUUCUUCUCCGUAGAAUGCAAAACCCUAGAAAAACUCAGAUCUUAAGAUAUGGCGAUGAAACGAAAUGGAAAGUCUCCUGCUUCUUCCGGCUCUGACGAAAAAGUGAUGUUCUUCAGAGAUGUCUCUCUAGGUCCUCAUGAAACCCGUCUGCGCUUUCGACUCAUCCAUUUCUGGGAGGCUCAGAACCCGGUGAAGAAGACCCUUAUUGGCCUGGAGAUGCUUCUCAUCGACGAGCAGGGAACUGUUAUUCAAGGAUUCAUCCCACCAGGACGUAUUAAGAAAUACUUGCCUGAGAUGAAGCGAGGUUCAGUUUACGAACUCAUCAACUUCUACGGAUCGAAGAACAAACCGAUGUACCGGGUUGCUGAUCAUAUCGCAACCGUGUCCUUCGCAUGGAACCCUGAGUUGUCGGUUCUUCACGACAUUCCAAUCCCUUUUGAUGAAGACCGUUUCAGGAUGCAUUCGUAUGAGGAUUUUGAGGCCAACUGUGAUCUGAAAGGUGACCUCUACGAUGUUCUUGGCCACAUGAAGCUGGUCGAUGGACAGAGUCUUACCGAGCGUCCCACUAUUGAUGAAGCGAAGGUUGCUACAACUCGGCACAUCAUGAUUCAUGUGCAAUCACAUGAAGGACCUGUCAUGAAGCUCUACCUCUGGGACCAGACAGCAACGGAUUUCUGCAAGAAGUUUAAGUCCUAUGAAAACACUCCCACAGUUCUUUUGGCCACAGCCGUUAACACUAAACGUCUCGGAGGUACCCUGGCACUGAGUUCUAUGUCUCCCACACGGGUUUUCAUGGACAAUGAUGUCCAACCAACAAUUGAUUACCUAGCCUGGCUCUCCUCAAACCCAGAGAUUGCUAAGCAGGUUAGUGCAGAGGUGGUCACUAAGCGGGAGACGAUGACUAUAUCUGACAUAUUCUCUUACAUGACGAUGGAAUCUGCAAAGGAUGCCUUUUUUGAGUGCACUGCUACUAUUGAUGAUGUGGUUCAUGGAUCUGCUUGGUACUAUAUUGCAUGCACUGGGUGUCAUAGUAAGGCUACCAAAGGCGCAAACUCAUUGAUUUGCACGAACCCAAGAUGUGUGAAGGAUACCACAGCUGGAGUUGCACAGUACCGUGCAAAGAUUUCGGUUUAUGACAGCACUGAACAAGGAUUUUUUGUCCUGCUUGGUGAUGCUGGUUUUCAAUUGACUGGGAGGCACGCAUCUGAGUUGGUCAGCAGCUACUUUGAGGCCAAUAAAGACAAAGGCCCUGACCAUGAAGUGCCUGUCCCGGAAGCUCUGAUCAGCAUAAUCGGACAGACCCAUAAGUUUUGUGUGAAAGUUACAGACCACAACUUCUCUGGCAACACCCGAGCUAUCACUGUCACCAAGAUCCUCCCUCCAGAGACACCAUCACCCACAGAAGGCUCUCUUGGAAACGCCAUUGCUGCAACGUCCAUGGAAGCAGUGCAGACUGGAAGUGAUAUGUGUGAGCCUUCAAAAAGCCGUGGAGAUUCUGCAGAUGAAGAGAGUAAGAGAACGUUUGACAGUGCUGAUCCAGAGAAAGUCAAACGGGCAAGAUGUGAGAAAUGAUGAUUCAGUUCGAUGAUGCUUAAGUCUUUGCAUUGAACUUCAAGUAUUAUGUUGGUUUUUGAACUUUUGCUUCAGUUUAAGUACUAUUUUGGUUUUAACAAGACUUUGCUUUGUUUCAUUUCAGACCUUGGCUUUUAAUCAAUUGAACUAUCCUUCCUAUAUAGUUUUCUCAGAUCAAUUGUUAUCAUGAUUUAAAUUCGUUUACAUAACCCAACUAAUUUAGCCUCAUAAAUAUUUCGCUAGAAUUGCUUAUUUCCAUAUCCUAUAUACUAUUUGAACUCCACGUAGCCGUCACACACGCACAUCGCACAGCAGGAAGAUCUUAGACUAUGUUACAUUUUUGAAACUUCUUAAAAUCCCAUAUUCCAUAUGAUCCUAUAUUUAUGUUAAAAUCUCAUCUAAAUAGGAAAGUAAUAAAUUCAUUCAACCAGUAAUUAUAAUCUUUGACUAUAACCUUUCAAAGGGAAUGAAAAAAGGAAAAGUAAAUCAAACUCUUCCAAAACCCUUAUUCUCCUGCGUUAGAAAGAAGAAGACUUGAGAAAGACCAAGACUUCAUCUGGUUCUUCUACACUUCCAAGCAGCAUUCUUCUGGAAUAAGUUGGUGGUGCGGAUCUCUGUUUUAGCGGUAUGGAUAGCCUCCCCAAUAACCAGCACAUUGAAGUGCCAGGUAAAUACCAAAUCUCCUGCAUGUUUCUCUCAAAUAAAGAAAAUUAGAUGCAUCCAGUAUCGUUAUUAUCUUUUGGGUUAUAAUUAUUUUGUACCAAAGAGUAUGAACAUUCAAACCAUAUUUAACCACAAAUUGGUUUGGGUGGCAAUUCUACUCAUUCAGCAUAGAAAGUUGGAAACCUACAUUAUAAUUCAAAUUUUUUUAUAUAAGAACUACCCAGAAACGUCACAUUAUUUAUAUUAUUUAAGUUUUAUACACGUUUUUGAGAGACUAAAUAACACCAUGUCAUUCUUAUAAUUAUUUAAGUUCUUGAUUACGUUGGAAUUAUUCCUUAUGAAUAUAAGGGACAAUUUUAUAGUCAAUGAUAUAUAGUGGCUAUAUAAAUUACGUUACAUAAAAAACCAGUAAAUUGUAUGCUAAGUGUCUUUGUUUAGACAGACAAUCUUUAAUUACUUAGACAUCUAUAACCAUAUACUUAACUAUCACGAACGUUAGUUUCAUUUUUUCAUAAAUAUAAUAUAUAUAUAUAUAUUAGUUUCUAAGUCUUCACAACAGUAUGUCUCGAGUUUUUUAACUCGAGUUUACGGAAUUGAAAAUUAUAUAUUUAUUUAACUUACAUCAGAAAUAAUAUAUAUAUACGGUAUUUUUUAAUUUAUUCAUUCAGGAUUUUUUUUUUGAAUAUUGUUGUCUUACCGUUGUAUUCAACAACUUUUAUAGAUUGUUUUUUUUUGUAAAUUUUCCGUUUUAUAUAGUUUAUAGCUAAUCUAAACCCAGUGAACAUAAAAAAAUGAAAUUAAUACUUAAAAACUUCCGCUAACAUAGAAACUUCAACGAAACUGAAACACUUUGGAAUAAAAAACUCAUAAAAUUAACAUUCAGUAAUAAAUGCUCAUUCACACCAACGUUAAAAGACAAAAAAUCAUAUAUUUAAACUCACUCUAUUUACCACAUUUCGACAAAGGAUUAACGAUCAUCAAAACUGAAGAUCCACACCAGCUGAAAGUGAAGAACAUAGUCUACAAAGAAAUAUUCAGAGGCUUUCAUCCCGAUACAGGUAAUUUAAAUAAAUAAUUUUUUCCUCCCAUUUUUUCAGAAAUCUGAUAAAAUAUUAUAUUCACAGAUUAACUAUCUCGAAAAUAUCGACCAAGCGAUGAUACAAGCCAAUAAAGAAGGGACUUACACAUAGGUUUACCCCACCUAAGCCAGGUACAAAACUUUAAAUAUAAAAACAAAUACUACUAUAUUCAACUAAACGUAUGCUGACUAACUAUUCUUAUCCAAUUUCAGGUCCUUUCUUUCUCAUGCCCUCAAAAAAAUUCUGAUAUGCGAAAGACUUAAUCUGCUUCCUCCAUUAUCUACUUUACUUACAGCUUUUUUGGCUUUUAAACAUUUGCGUAAACUCGAUAUACAACACACUUUUUUGCGUUCAAAGAAUCAACACCAAAAUUUAAUAUGAUAUUUUGGUUCAACAUUUUCAUAUAAGAUAACCCGGGCGUAGCCCGGGAACGAACCUAGUUUAUUGUAAAGUUCCUUAAGAUAACGAGAGAUGCCAAGUUCUUAUAUUAAUGACUCAUGGUGACAUAUGCAUUUGAUGCCAAUCAAUUCUUAGUACGACAUAUGUCAGUCAAUAUAUCUAGUGAUUUACAUUAUAGGGUAGUUUUCAUCAUUUUAUUACAUAGAGGAUCACUUUCUGCUACCACGGUAGUUUUUUUAUGGUUAAAGUCUAUAAAACCCUCUGAUGAAAUAAAGCCAACUUUAUGUUUCCCAUGUUCCAUGUGUUACAAAAAAAAAGUUGUACAUGUUUUGUAUUACAUGGCUUGCUCACAUUUUUAAUUUGUAUACGUCAAUAAGUAUCCACAUGUACACUUUUUGUUCCUUAUGUACAUAUAUUUGCUAUCCACAUGUACAUUGAUAUCCAUGUGUACAUCAGUUCACAAUAUCAAUGCGUACACCAUUCUCAUGAUAUGUGAUAUUCACUAUCCACAUGUACAUCGGUAUCCAUGUGUACAUCAAUUCACAAUAUCCAUGAGUACACCAUUCUCACAAUAUCCAUCGGUAUCCAUGUGUACAUCAAAUCAGUUCACAAUAUCCAUGCUUACAUCAUACUCAUGAUAUCCACAUAUACACCUAACUGAAGAUAUACACUUGCACAAUAUCCACAACUUCUAACGUACACCACCGUCCCAAUCCACCACAAUAGCAACACAUAUAUGGAUUCCAAGAAGAAUCAGACUUGGUUUUUUGAUAUCUCACUAACCACACAAGAAGAGAGAAUAUGCAUACGAAGAAGGCAUUGAUGCCUCAGGAUUCAAACCGUUAACUUUUCAAUAGCAUUUGAACAUUUUCGUUUUGAACAUCUCUUCUAACAGCCAUGCGAUAUAUGCUGAUUGUAAGAUCUAUUUUUGCUGUUUUACAUAAGAAAAUAAAAGGCAGAAAAAUAAUCUGAGGAACUAAACUCAAUUAGAAUCAAGAAAUAAUGAGUUUCGUUCCAGACUCCAUUUGAAAUUUCUCAGCAGAUUCUACAUAUCCCCCAGUGACAAGAAAAUUCAUGACCAGAUAUUCAUGUCUUGUUUCCAAAGCUUGACAGAAUUCCACCAGUUUCGAACGAGCACCAAAACAUCGACUUGAGAAUAUUUGUAAAAAGGUUAGAAUCUUUAAUUUCAGUAAAACCCAAUACGUAAUCGACAAAUCUUAUGAACUCUGCGGCGGCAGUGUAAACUCGUUUGGAAACUUCGGGAAGAUAAACAACGUCGCUUUUUGGUGUGUUCAUGAUAAGGUCACUACAAGAAAACAAAAGAUAUACGAGGGCGGUUUUCUUCGUGAAUUCGUCGUAAAAGCAAGUUUACGAAGAAUUUUCGAGGAAACCCGUUUCGUCGUUAAACGUUUGUCGUAACGCAUAUUUCCUCGCUAAUUCGUCGUAAUAUAGCGACGAAAUGAUUUCGUCGUAAAAACGAAGAAAAGCAUUUCGUCGUAAAGAACACGUAAGGACGCCGCUAAGUUUCCUCAUAAAUACC